AUGCCAAUUGCAGAGCAAUUCGAAUUGACAACUAUUAGCAAUGGCGAAUACGAAACGGUGAACCCCCCUCAAAGGAUGGCCAAUACACUCAACAUCGCGUAUGGAGGCUAUGCGCUAGCCACUGCAUGCAAAGCAGCAACUCUCAGCGUGGACGGCCCGUACCAUAUCUACACUGUGCUGGGCAAUUAUCUUGGUCCAGCAUCCACGGAUCGGCCCCUGCGAGCGCGUGUCCGUACAGUCCGGCAGACACGAAGUUUCGCAACACGACAAGUGGAGAUCAGCCAGAGUGCAGGAGAACAGGGUGAACGGAUAUGUCUGAUAGCUCUUGUCGACUUUCAGAUUAGAGAGAAGGAGACGUUGGUUGCAUACUCUCGAAGUCCCAGUAAAACCUACACAUCGUGGGAGAACUGCUCUACAGAAGCCGAUGUGCAUCAGAAACUCCUAGCCGAAGGCAAGGUGAGCCAAGAUGUGCUCGACGAAGACUCCAGGACCUUCGGAUUGGUUAAGAACAUUUUUGAGUAUCGGCCUUGCCCUGAAGGCAUUUUCGCUCAGAACGUGCACGGUAUAGCAAAGAACCUAGCAUUGACACAAGACGAGCUGCCACUCACACAACGAUCAUCAGCGGACUGGAUCCGUUGCGUUGAAGAUCUCCCAAAAGCUAUGGAUCAUGUCGCGCUCAUGGCAUUCACUUUAGACGCCUUUAUCGCGUCUCUCCCCCUGACCUUGAAUCACAGGUUCCUAGACGAUGCGUCUGCAUGCUCCAGUUUGGACUUCGCGCUUCGAAUCUUCAACACCGAUAUCGACAUGGCACGAUGGCACUUGCGAGAAGUUACCACCAACGUGGGUAGUGAAGGUAGAAGCUAUGGCGAAAGUUGGCUAUGGGAUGAGGACGGUAAUGCCGUAGCCUGUAUGACUCAGCAGUGCAUCUUAAGGCCAAAGCCUAAGAAUAAGGGUCGAUUAUAG